AUGUAGUCUUUUGAUUAGAUUUAAAACCCUCAAGAAAAGCGAGCAUUCAUAGAUUAAGAGGAUAGAAAUGGUUUCAUUAAGAAAGUCUAUGGAAUCCUUUGCGCACAAUUGAUUAUUACAGCUGAGUUCACGCUCUUGCCCUAUAUUUCUGAGGAUGUACUUAACUUCAUGGGAAACUACCCUCAGAUAUUUGUGCUUUGCUUGAUUGCAGUCUUAGUCUCUUAAUUGGUUUUAAUUUGUAACAGAAAGCUUGCAAGAACAGUUCCUGUCAAUUACUACAUCCUAGGUAUAUUCACGAUAUGCGAAUCUUAUAUGGUAUCUUUCAUUUGUACAAUGUAUGAACCUCAAGUUGUUUUCAUUGCAGCGCUGAUGACUGCCUGCUCUGUUGGUGGCCUCACUUUUUAUGCCUGGACUACAAAAGAAGAUUUCACAGUCAUGAGAGGUGUAAUGUCAUUUGUUAUAGCAGCAAUAUUCUCAACAUUAAUACUUUGUAUUUUUAUGUAAUAGCAGAUGGAUAGAACUGCAUUAAGCUUUUUGUUUGUGAUAAUCUUUGGAAUUUAUAUCGUGAUUGACACAUAAAUGAUUAUGGGAAACAAUAAAUAUGAAUUAAGCAGUGAAGAUUAUAUUCUAGGAGCAUUGAUUCUCUAUCUGGAUAUAAUCAAUUUAUUCCUUGAAAUCCUCAAAAUACUUGGAAAAAAGAAGGAAUGA